UUAAAUCUGGAAUCAGGAACACACUUCCCUGCCUGUUUUCUGUUCUGUAUAGACACAAGCAAACCUACAUGUUUUCACAGUAGCAAGUUCUGAUCUGUAUCAGUAGGUCCCUGUUGUCUGUUAAUCUUUUGUAAUCAAAACGUUUGGACACUGGAGGGGCUGUCGUAGAGCAGCCCUUCGUGGCACAAAAUGACACAAUGGAACCAGUUACAGCAGCUGGAUACCAGAUAUUUGGAACAGUUGCACCAACUUUACAGCGACAGCUUUCCUAUGGAGCUGCGUCAAUUUCUGGCACCUUGGAUAGAGAGCCAAGACUGGGGUUUUGCUGCAAGUAAAGAAUCCCAUGCCACACUGGUUUUUCACAAUCUUCUGGGUGAAAUAGACCAACAAUACAGCAGGUUUCUACAGGAAUCAAAUGUUUUAUAUCAACAUAAUCUGAGGAGGAUAAAGCAGUUUUUGCAGAGUAGGUACCUGGAGAAACCUAUGGAGAUAGCAAGGAUUGUGGCAAGGUGUCUGUGGGAAGAGGGCCGGCUUCUCCAAAAUGCUGCUACUGCUGCCCAGCAAGGUGGACCAUCUUCUCAUCCCACAGCAGCAGUGGUCACGGAAAAACAACAAAUGCUGGAGCAGCACCUGCAGGAUGUCCGAAAGAAAGUCCAGGACCUGGAGCAGAAGAUGAAAGUCGUAGAAAACCUGCAGGAUGACUUUGACUUCAACUAUAAGACUUUAAAAAGCCAAAGCGAUCUAUCAGACCUUAAUGGUAACAACCAGUCUGUCACAAGACAGAAAAUGCAACAGCUAGAACAGAUGUUGACCGCACUGGAUCAGCUUAGAAGGACUAUAAUUAGUGACCUAGCUGGUCUGCUGUCGGCCAUGGAGUAUGUCCAAAAGACCCUGACAGAUGAGGAACUUGCAGAUUGGAAACGACGUCAACAAAUCGCAUGCAUUGGUGGUCCCCCGAACAUUUGCCUGGAUCGGCUGGAAAAUUGGAUAACCUCGCUAGCAGAGUCCCAGCUGCAGACACGACAGCAGAUAAAGAAGCUUGAAGAAUUACAGCAGAAGGUGUCCUAUAAAGGAGACCCCAUCAUUCAACACAGACCCAUGCUGGAAGAAAGAAUUGUGGAGCUGUUUAGGAACCUUAUGAAGAGCGCCUUUGUAGUGGAGAGACAGCCAUGUAUGCCUAUGCAUCCUGAUCGACCACUUGUGAUCAAGACUGGAGUACAGUUUACAACAAAAGUCAGGCUUCUUGUGAAAUUCCCUGAGCUCAACUACCAGCUGAAAAUCAAAGUUUGCAUUGAUAAGGAUUCGGGUGAUGUUGCAGCUUUGCGAGGAUCACGGAAGUUCAAUAUACUUGGGACAAACACCAAAGUGAUGAACAUGGAGGAGUCAAAUAACGGGAGCUUGUCGGCAGAAUUCAAGCAUUUGACAUUGAGAGAGCAGCGAUGCGGCAAUGGCGGAAGAGCGAACUGUGAUGCAUCACUUAUUGUCACAGAAGAGCUUCAUCUAAUAACCUUUGAGACGGAGGUUUAUCAUCAGGGCUUGAAAAUUGACCUGGAGACCCAUUCACUGCCAGUUGUCGUGAUAUCCAAUAUCUGCCAGAUGCCAAAUGCCUGGGCGUCCAUUCUUUGGUACAAUAUGCUGACAAACAACCCAAAGAAUGUCAACUUUUUUACAAAACCACCCAUUGGGACGUGGGACCAGGUGGCAGAGGUCUUAAGCUGGCAGUUCUCAUCAACCACCAAACGAGGCCUUAGCAUUGAACAGCUAACCACGUUGGCAGAGAAACUUUUGGGUCCUGGAGUUAACUAUUCGGGCUGUCAAAUAACAUGGGCCAAGUUCUGCAAGGAAAAUAUGGCUGGCAAAGGGUUCUCCUUCUGGGUUUGGUUGGACAAUAUCAUAGACCUCGUGAAAAAAUAUAUUCUUGCACUUUGGAAUGAAGGGUAUAUCUUGGGCUUCAUAAGCAAAGAACGAGAACGGGCAAUUCUCAGUACAAAGCCCCCUGGGACAUUCCUGCUGAGGUUCAGUGAGAGCAGCAAGGAGGGUGGGAUCACAUUUACCUGGGUGGAGAAAGACAUCAGUGGUAAAACACAGAUCCAGUCUGUGGAACCAUAUACAAAACAGCAACUAAACAGCAUGUCCUUUGCCGAGAUUAUUAUGGGUUACAAAAUUAUGGAUGCAACAAACAUCCUUGUGUCCCCGUUGGUUUACCUGUAUCCUGACAUUCCCAAAGAAGAAGCUUUUGGAAAGUAUUGCCGACCAGAGAGCCAGGAGCAUCCAGAGCCCACUGACCCAGGUAGCACCGUACCUUAUCUCAAGACAAAGUUUAUUUGUGUCACUCCGACAACAUGCAGCAGUACAUUAGAUCUACCAAUGUCUCCUCGGACCUUGGACUCUUUGAUGCAAUUUCCAGGUGAAGGGGCUGAAGCAGGAGCUGCAAACCAGUUUGAAACAUUAACAUUCGAUAUGGAACUGACGUCUGAAUGUGCAUCUUCUCCGAUGUGACCUGCUUGGUUUUAGGGUUUUUUUUUUUGCCUUUUUAUAUAUACAUGUUUUAACUCAUCCACCCACAGAAAAUCAAGAGACGUAAAAUGGAGCCUUUCCUCAAUUUAAACAAAUUUACAUUCAACAUUUAUACAAUCGUGUUUUAUAUCACUGCGGUUAAUUGUUGCCAUCAAAUAGUUGUCCAGUUAACUGCAGUGCACUGCAAACGGCAAAUAUUAACACAUUACUUUUUUUUUUUUUAAAUCAAUAUUGGUGUGCUCAAACCAAUUUCCUGGUAUCUGCUCUUAUAAAUGACACGAUUAUGAUCUCCGCAAUCUUUUAAAGCUGUAUAAUGCUAGGCAUGACAAAUUUUAUUUAAAUGUAGAUGCAAGCCACAUGUAUUUUAGAACCGGCCCCAGUGCUUAUGGGUUUUCUCUUAACUCCCAAUAUUCAAAUAUCAACAUGGGCUGGGUUUUUGGAGCCGACUCUUUGAAUUGUCAGCACGCUGGGUUUGUUACAUAAUGUGGCCCACUAUCCAUUUGUUAUGUAUAGACCUGAUUUUGUGGGUCAAAUGCAAAGUGAAGCAGACCCGAGACAGCUCUUUAAUGCGUAAUCUUGGUGCUGAGAAAAAAUGAAUAGGUGCCAAGAGUUUUUCAAGGGAUGAUUUAAAACAGUCCAGCAUUUUAAAUUAAAGAACGGUAUUUAACAUUAGCUAAAUUUCACGGUGCCACCCUCUUAAAAUAGAGAACUAUUGUCCAAUCCAGUGCUUCACAAGUCAGCAUUGAGAGUUUGGGUGCUAUGAGCAGGUGCUCAAGGGGAGUGAGGAUGAGCACCCUCCCGGUUGUCUCACAGCUGGAACCUGAGAGGGUGCAAUCUAAAAAAAACUUAUAAAAGUGAAGAUUUCUCUUGUAAAAAUAAACCCCACUUGGCAACUCCUACAGCACUUCAACAAGUUGACGUGCUUCAGUUGAGUGGAGUGUUUCUUUAAAUUGAGAAAAAAUGUAAUUGAAAAACGUAAAUGAAAUUGUGAUCAUUUAAAAAAAAAAAAAAACUUUUCUUCUUUCAGAAUGAAAGCAUUCAGUAAUGGGAAAAAAAUGUUUCUUUUUUUAGAAAUAGAACGUCAUAUGCAACGGCAACUUUAUCAAACCUUUUUACUGUAACAAACAAAGCUUAUUCGCUAAACCUGGGAAUUGUGGAGAAUUGUCAAAUUUUAGGAUAAUGUAACAGAUCUGGAAAAAAUAGACAAAUUAAAAAAAAAAAAAAUUGUUUCCAAUUUGUCAGUUUAAUCGUUCCGUUGUCAAUUCUUCAUUAUUCCUAGUUUAGUAAAUAACCCUGUACAUCAUCUUAUCUUAACGACACAGUAUCUGUAUAUUAAUCCCAUUCUAUAACUAUUUAUAAUUUCUGAAGUCAUUGCUAUUGUUUAUGAGCAAUGUUUUUAAUGCCAUAUUAACAUUUUUGUGCAUGUAAUGUGCUUGUCUGUUUUCUGAAAUGUUAUACGAAAGUAAGAAGAGAGAAAAAAAUCUGGUUUGCAUCAGAUUAAAUUUGUCUUUUUUUUUUUUUAUAUAUAUAUAUAUAUAAAUGUACAAUGUAAGAAAAUACUAAAUGAAUGUUUGUUUUCUUUCUUUAAACUUGUUUGUUUUUUGUUUGUGUGUAAAUUAUAUACCAGGUAAUAUUUGUGCGUUAAAGCGACAAACACCUUAAGGGCACACUCUAGGCACCUAGGCAUUAAGUGUCAUAGCAAAAAUAUUUUUAAGGAAAAAUAAAUCAAAAUCAUUGUUCCUCAUCUAU